AUGCCAGACGUUGUUUUCGAUAUAAUAGGUACCUGUAUUGGGUACGACGUGAUGCUAAAUGCCAUUGAACGCAGACUGGGUAAGAAACUUCUUCAGUAUAAUAUCAACACAGAUCUUCUUUUUGAUGCUUGGGGUACGGCCUGUGAAAGAGACUUUUCUUACCUCUCUCAAAUUGGAGAAUAUCAGCCUACAAAGAAAAUCCUCAAGGCUACAUUUUUCAGAACUCUGCAUCAUGCUGGUGUUCCUGAUCCGAAGAAGUUUGCUACAGAGGAAGAUUUAGAGUACCUCUGCGCUGAAUGGCUAAAGCUCAAGGCUCGACCAGAGUUGCCAGCAAUGUGGAAACUUUUGAGAGACAAUGGUUUCACUAUAUGGUGUCUAACAGAUGGAGAUAAGGAAAGAGUCAAGGGAUACUUCGAGAAUUCCUCAAUAGAAAUGCCAGAGGAAAAUAUCGUCUCAUGCGACAGCUUGAAGAUUGGAAAACCAGCACCAGAGGUCUACAAGUACAUGCUUGAAAAAAUUCCAGGAAAAGGAAAGGACGCGUGGUUUGCUGCAGCGCAUAUGUGGGACUGUUGUGCCGCUAAAAAGGCUGGGUUCCAUACGGCUUGGACUGACGUGUACGAAAAAUAUCCUUGUGAGGAGAUCUUUGGUAAGGCUGACAUUAUCGCAGGUGGCCUUAUAGACAUGGCCGAGAAGAUCGUGCAAAAAUACCAAAACCUCUAG